UGGAAAAUUUACCAAUAUUUAAAAAUUGAGUAACAUAAACUAUCUUGAACUGUGGACCACUGGGUUGGUCUAGUGGUUGGGAUCGUAGGUUCUAACCCCAAUGCAACUAUCGUGUUAAAGAAAAAAAAACAGGCAUCUAUUUACUCUGUGUCUCCCCUGCUGAAUUCAUAGUAAAAGGGAACGUGGUGGCAGUUUCAAUUUUCAGAUUAUGAAUAAAAUUCUUAUGUGAUUAUACUAAGGCCAAGAAUAAAGAUCCCUACCGUUGUUAUCUUACCCAUUGCGCAUUUGGUGGAGUGGAUAUAUAGGCUGCUUGGCCCAUAUGGGAUGCCGGUGCCUCAGUUAACCCCUUCAAGGAUAAGACUCGUGACCUGCAGCAGAACUUUUGAUUGCUCAAAAGCAAAGGAUCGCCUUGGCUAUGCCCCCAUCGUAAAAAUGCAGGAGGGCCUACAGAGGACAAUUGAAUCAUAUGCACACUUGAAGGCAGAAAAUCAACCUAAAACUACAAGAGAAGGUCCCUCAAAAGCUUCCAAAUAUCUUGGAAGUGGAAGAGUUGCUGACACGUUGCUUUGGAAGGAUAAAAAGCAAACUCUCAUCACAUUGUUUGUCUUCAUUGCAAUAUACUUCAACUUCAUUGCAUCUGAAAAUACCAUCAUUAGUGCUCUGACAAAGCUUCUAUUGUUUGCAUCGAUCUUUUUAUUCAUCCAUGGCAUUCUACCUGCAAAAAUGUUGGGAUAUACUGUUGAGAAAAUGCCCAAGUCAUGGUUUCACUUGUCAGAAGAUAGGUCACAUAAAUUUGCUCUCUCAGUGGCCUCAUCAUGGAAUGUUGCUGUUAAUGUUUUCAAGUCCCUUGCAGAAGGGAAUGAUUGGGUACUGUUAUUAAAGGUUGUUCUCUCUCUGUUCAUUCUUAGCUUCCUUGGAGCCUUUUCACUUCAGAACUUGUAUACUAUAGGAAUUACAUUUGCAUUUAUAGCUUUCUAUGUAUACGAACAGAAGGAGGAAGACAUUGAUGGCAUAUUUAUAAAAACACAUUCUUUUAGUUGCAAAUUGAAAUCUGAUCUCACCAAAAAGUUUCUUUCUUCAAAGAAGAUUGAUUGAUAAGCUUUUUUUCCUUAGAUAGUUGCACAUUAAAUAUUCGACUGAGUUUCAUGUAUGAUUAUUUCAUAAUUGUAAUUUAAUUUUAUAUUUGACCAACUUGCGAAAUUUACUUCUUCUUGGAAAACUCUUGCUUUCAAGGUGUUUGUUACUCAUGUAACUGAUGGAAAUUCAAAUUUGCAGCGGUA